AUGGGAAGGGGGCUGAGCGGCGCGGCUGCAGCAGCAGCAACUGCUGUCUACCUGCUGGGAAAAAGAGGCAUAAAAGGGUUUGCAAGCCACGAACGACGCACCUUCGUGGGAGAGCUACACGCGCUGCAAGUCGGCACGGCUCCCUACGGUCCAGCAGCAGCAGCAGCAGCAAAGGCAGCAGCAGCAGCAGCGGAGGGAGCAGCAGCAGCAGCAGCAGCAGCAACAGUGAGGCCGCUGGAGGCAGACGCAGCAGCAUUAACUGCAGAAGCAGCAGCGGCAACGGAAGAGUCGGCAGCGGCGCCACGAGCAGCCCCGUGGCAGCAGCAGCAGCAGCAGCAGCAGCAGCAAACUUCCAAGAGCAGCAGCAGCAGCAGCAGCAACAGCAGCAAUGAGUAG